AAAAUGAUUCUUUCUGUCUGACCUCUAGGUAACAAAGGAAUGUCUGCAUAUGGCCAUAGCAGUUUGUGAACCAGGAGUGGAGUUUAAGAAAAUUGGCAAAACAAUACAUGAUCAUGCAGACAAAUAUCGUUAUGGUGUUGUCCGACAAUUUGUUGGCCAUGGGGUGGGACGAGUUUUUCAUGCCGAUCCAGUUAUUCUCCACUUUACAUUUAUUCCUUGUAGGAAACAAUGAAGGAGGGCGCAUGGUAUUGGGGCAAACAUUUACGAUUGAGCCAAUGCUGACAGUCGGUAGCAUUAACCCAGUUAUGUGGGAUGAUGACUGGACAGUCGUUACAGAAGAUGGGAGUCUAUCUGCGCAAUUUGAGCACACCAUACUAGUUACGAAGGAUGGAGCUGAGAUACUGACACAAUGUUAAAAUUGGUGUAUGGUCACGUAAGAGUGAUAUAACCUGCAAUUGUUCUCAUACAGUAAGGAGCACCGGAUCAACAAUAUGAAAAUCUGGCACACUUGCCUGAUAUUUAUUUAUAAAAGUUAAAAAUUAUAUUGGUCAUAAGACAUUGUAAAUUUUAUUCUUUGUUUUUAAUUAUUCAUUCCUGUAAUUCAUCUUUCGGCACACAAUAGAAUUUUUUUUUGGGGGGGGGGGUGAAUUUUUCUUUGGCAUGGUUACUGUUGAAUGUCACUGUUAUACAAAACAAAUUGCUAACUGAUUUUAUGGGCAAUCUGUGUGGGACAAUUUUUCCCUUGAGUGGAA